AUGGCGUUAGGAAAUGAUUCGAUCGAUCCAUUUCCCUUGGCUGUAGUAAUCCCGCGCUUCCUUUCCAUCGCUUUCCACCCCCGCCUCGCAGACACCGAUGGCCAUGACUUCGCUCGGGAUACCGGCUACGCCGACUUCGGCGACAUAUAUGCGUAUGCACAGCUGUUCUUCCGGGCACCGUACGACGUCCCAACCGUCGAAUACGCGCAAUCGAUUCGUCAGCCUCUCUCUUUGCUGGAGUUCCUGAGCGCUUCAGCGUUGAAUUACCAUGCUCCGUCCUUCACGAAGCCAAUCAUGCUCACGACUGGCGAAAAUGACUUCCUAGUAUACGGGGGCAACUGCACAACUUCGUUCUACCAGGUCGGGGAGUAA